GGCGCCUUCGGGCUGGCUCGGCGGAGUCCGGAUGGAGGAUUCGGACUCGGCGGCAAAGCAGCUGGGCCUGGCUGAGGCAGCAGCGGUGGCGGCCGCGGCCGCUGUGGCGGCGGCGGCCGCGGCCGCGGCGGGAGGCGAGACGGAGGAGCCGGUUCUGAGCAGGGACGAGGACUCUGAGGAGGACGCGGACUCGGAGGCGGAGCGCGAGACGCGGCGGGUCACGGCCGUGGCGGUGAUGGCGGCCGAGCCCGGGCACAUGGACAUGGGCGCCGAGGCCCUGCCCGGCCCCGACGAGGCCGCCGCCGCCGCCGCCUUCGCAGAGGUGACCACAGUGACGGUGGCCAACGUGGGGGCCUCUGCGGACAACGUGUUCACGACGUCGGUGGCAAACGCAGCGUCAAUCUCAGGACACGUUCUGUCUGGUAGAACAGCCCUUCAGAUCGGGGACAGCCUGAACACCGAGAAAGCCACGCUGAUUGUCGUGCACACAGACGGGAGCAUCGUGGAGACCACUGGGCUGAAGGGCCCAGCGGCUCCCCUCACCCCAGGUCCUCAGUCUCCUCCAACUCCUCUAGCUCCCGGCCAAGAAAAAGGUGGAACCAAAUACAACUGGGACCCCUCCGUGUACGACAGCGAGCUGCCCGUGCGGUGCCGGAACAUCAGCGGCACUCUGUACAAGAGCAGGCUCGGCUCAGGAGGCCGGGGCCGAUGCAUCAAGCAGGGGGAGAGCUGGUACAGCCCAACCGAGUUUGAGGCCAUGGCAGGAAGGGCCAGCAGCAAGGACUGGAAGAGAAGCAUCCGCUACGCAGGCAGGCCGCUGCAGUGCCUCAUCCAGGACGGGAUUUUAAACCCUCACGCCGCCUCCUGCACCUGUGCCGCCUGCUGCGACGACAUGACCUUAAGUGGCCCAGUCAGGCUCUUCGUGCCUUACAAGAGGCGCAAGAAGGAGAAUGAACUGCCCACGACUCCAGUGAAGAAGGACUCCCCCAAGAAUAUCACGUUGCUUCCAGCUACAGCUGCCACCACCUUCACCGUGACCCCCUCGGGACAGAUUACUACCUCUGGGGCACUGACCUUUGACCGGGCAUCCACCGUGGAGGCUACGGCAGUCAUAUCAGAGAGUCCCGCCCAGGGUGACGUCUUCGCGGGAGCCACAGUCCAGGAGGCUGGUGUGCAGCCCCCGUGCCGGGUGGGCCACCCCGAGCCUCACUACCCUGGCUAUCAGGACAGCUGCCAGAUCGCACCUUUCCCAGAAGCUGCGCUGCCAACGUCACAUCCCAAAAUAGUGCUGACAUCCCUGCCCGCCCUGGCUAUCCCACCCCCCACCCCCACCAAAGCUGCGUCCCCCGCAGUGGUCAGUGGACUGGAGAUGUCGGAGCAGCGGAGCUGGCUGUACCUGGAGGACAUGGUCAAUUCUCUGCUCAGCACGGCACAGCAGCUGAAGGUGCUGUUCGAACAGGCCAAGCACGCUAGCUCCUACCGAGACGCCGCCGUGACCCAGGCCAAAAUUCAGGCGGACGCGGAGCGGAAAGAGCAGUCCUGCGUCAACUGCGGCCGGGAGGCCCUGAGCGAGUGCACCGGCUGCCACAAGGUCAACUACUGCUCCACCUUCUGCCAGCGCAAGGACUGGAAAGACCACCAGCAGGUGUGUGGGCAGGCGGCAGCCGUCACCGUCCAGGCGGACGACGUCCACGUCGCCGAAAGCGUGAUGGAGAAAGUGACCGUCUGAGGGACUGCCCGGCGCGCUGCGAGCCGGGCCUCUGCACUGCUGCGCGGCCGGCGCAGGUCGAAGACCCCUCUAAGGACUUUGGGGGGACGCUGAGGAGACGAGGUCGUGGGAAGGCGAAGACACUUGCUGGCCAAGUUGUUGACGAACUUUAGGUGAACUGUGCCCCGGGAGUGGGCUCCUCCCCGGAAACCCAGGGAGGGCUCACGGCUCCCCGAGGCCGCCCCUGCCCCUCACGGUGCUUCCUACCCCGGGCUCACGAGUGUCCCGUCCUGCCCACGGGUGUGCCCUGCCCUGUGACGCGUGUACAUACGUGUUGUGUCUGUCAA